AUGUCAAGAGUCACUCCACCAGUCAACAAAUUCGCCCAAAGCGUUCGAAGAAUCAGCUCCACGGCAAAUGCUGCCCGCCCUUCAGGUCUUCUUGAUUCCCGGGCCAGAAAUGUAUACCUUCCCCGCCCCAAAAGCGACUUGAAAGAUGAGUGCAUGAGGCGUCAAUUGAAGACCAGCGGCAGCAAAUCAGAGCUUGUUGAACGCCUUGCAACAUCAGACCUCAUCAACACCCAUAACUUCCACACACUGCCCAGCGGUCCCCGCCGGCCUACCACACCUCCCACCCCCCAACUCUACAAACCCAUUCCCCUAAUGCAAGGAUUCCGCAGCUCAGCCCCAAAGCUCACAGUCCUUGACCCCUCAGCAGUCGAUUACUUGAUCUUGCCCAAUCCCCCGGCGCCUCCUCCAUCAAACCCGUUCUCCAGACUCCGCGUCCCACUACUCCCAGACAACUACAAUCCCGACAGAAGUGCUCAGUCAGGCAACGCAGUAGAGACGUUAGAUGAAGCUGUCCCGCGUCCAGAAAUUAGUAUCAUAGCUAGCCAUCCCGAGAACGUGGCGCCUGCUACUAUUAGCGAGGUUGUGGGGAAUGAUGGGUUGGAUGUUGAUAUCGGGGAGUUGACGACCGCUGCUUUUGGCGCGAAGGAGGAGAAAGAGUCGGGGGUCUUGAGGGAGUUGUGGAAUGGGUUCGUCGAUGAUGUGCUUGGUUCCAAGGGGGGUUCGAGUAAAGUUGCUGUUUAG